AUUUCCUCUCUAUACAUAUAAAAUGCAACAGGUUUUUAUAGCAGCUGUUUUAGUUACGCAUGUUUUGAUGUAGCCAUGUUCGUUCGUGUGGGCAAAAAUCGAUGCUCUUCUUCCCGCCUCUUCAAUUUAACAUUUUUUUUUAACUUAGAAAACGGUUCGCACCUUGUAGCUUUGUAAAUCAGUAGCAACACACUUGCCUUUACUAACUCGAUUUAUUUUAAUGACUCAAGUAUAUAAUAGGAAACAGGUUUCACUGGCGUAGUCUGGCACAAAAUGGUUUUAUGACUGUGAAUAUCUACUGUAUUUUAGGUUAGUCUCCUUACUGCUUGCUGAUUUUUGGGCUCCAUAUCAACAUUUAUUAUUUUACUGCAUCGACCGCCUUUUGGAUCGGCUCGCUGUCUCUAUGACGAGGCUAUAGAGGGCGAGCACGCUGAUGAACAAUCGUUGGCAUGCUGGAACCAGCAAACGAUGUUGCAGGUCUAAAAGGAUCGCAUGAGUGCAUACGUGAAAAAUCAGGCACGUGAGGUGCACGUUUGAUAUGAAUCGCUCUACUGUAUAGUAUCCACAAGACGUGUUUUUUUGGAUGGACCAUUCUUUUACUGAUUUGCUAGGCGUAUAGAGGGCCUCGCUGAACCACAUCCAUAGUAUACAUAAGAAUACUAUAAACUGGCGUUCAAGCAACCAGUCAGAGACUGCUGAAAUUGUCGUGUUGUUAUCUAAAACCACUAUUCCGAAAAUGGCAUCUUUUGCAAGUCAAUUGUGGCAACUUCGAAAGCCAACGACAAAUCGAAACGAUGAUGUCAACGCGAACGGUUCUAUCGACCAAUCUGCUCCCAUGGAUGGCCAGGAAUCGGUUCUCUAUAGCGACCCAUUUAGCAAUGCUGUCCCCGUUAUCGAUCCUUUCUCCGGCGAUGCAUUAAAAAAUGAUCUAUUCAAGGCAUUGGCUGGCGCGCCGGUGUUGAACGCUAACCACCAGGCAAAUGAUGGGUUUGACCAGUCCCUUGAAUCAACGAAUCCGUUCACUAAACCUAGUGACCAAGUGAUCAGUAAAGCCCUGAUACAAGCUAAUGAUUAUAGGUCUGAAGAUAUACCAGGCGGCAUGAAAUGUGAAGACAGCGACUUCUCUGACCUUUGCCAUAUCGGUGACAAAGAGGUAGUCAGCAUCUCAUCAAAGAUGACCACCUCCACGUUAUCCAACGCUACAUCCUGGUCAAAGCAACACUUUUCAUCGUUAGAUGCCUCAAUGGUUUCAUCGUUCGGUGACAUGAGUUCAAGCGCACCAACGUCGAACUCCGCGAAAACCUCUGCUUUAACGUCAAACCCGCAAAGCUCCUCUAGCGCGACAGUUUUAAUAAGCGGUUCUUCAGACAAUGAACAGCUAUUAAGCUGUGAGCUUCGUUCCAUGGUUAACUCGACCUUCGAAGUCGAUAGUGGGCACUCAACCGAAACUGUGCCAAGCUGUGUCUAUCGAGAACUCGUUGACGAAACAGACGCAGAGCCGAACACGAGCCACAAUGAAGGUCCUCUACCGGAUCAGGAAGAUAAUCCCGAAAAGCAGGCUACAGGGGUUCUCCAAGUACCUCAGAUCCUAUUCACCGAAGCAACCUUGUUGUCUUCCGAGGGGUCGAGCUUCGAGGCGGUCAGAACCACCGAAGGUGUCGGUGAGGGCCGCACCUAUUUGUUAGAGUCCAUUACCGCCGAGGACGAAACAAGUAUUACCAAAGACGAGCGCUGCUACAAACCAUCCAAAGUUAUUGUCUUCAAAGCAACUGAAUCUGAUGAAGAGAUCGCAGGUGAAGGCGACGCAAGCAUUGAUAAAGAAGAUGCCAAUGGGGCUCGGCAUAUAGAUUACGAAACACUUGAGACUCAACUUGACGUCAGUGGCAACCAUCAAAAUAGGAUUAUGAAUCUAUCAGAUAUCGAGCCUAGCGACGGUACUGAAAAAACGCACGAAUUCGAGUCGCCUACGCUUGACUCGGAAUAUCGUAGACGUUCGGCGCCUAAUGAAUUUUUCCCAAAUGGCGAGGUAGACCUAACAGACCUCGACUGCCUAACAAAAACCUGUAGCGUGGGCGAUCUAAACAAAGGCGAUAAUUGCCUAAACAUCGUUGAACAACCGAAGGUGCUCACGUCUUCGCCCAUAGCAUCAAGGAAAAAGACCACUGGAAAUGACCAAAUGCAACCGCUACAGCUGUGGCGCAAGGAGUUCCACCAAAGGAUCGCUUUCCUUGACGCUCAAGAACAAAAGGCCAUCGAAGAGCUUAAGAUGGAAGCCCAACGAUGUAGGGAUAAAUGGUACGCUAGUCGACAGGAAGAGAUCCGUGUUCAACACGCCGCUCAUAUUGAAAACGAAAGCCGCGUCCGCUCGCUAGCAGAUGGCGACCGCCAAGACCCGAAAUCUAUCUGGAAUAGUAUGACUUCACUAGCGCUAGAGCUGCAACGAACUCAUAAGGCGGAUGAGGUCAACAGGGAUGUAUCAAGAAUGAAAAGCCUCAUGCAACUUUUGAAACUUCGACCACCUCUCCAAAAUUUUAAAUUUGCCUGUGCCAGCCGCAAAUGAACCAACGCUAAUUAUUAAGUUUGCCUCGCAGGAAGAGAUAUUGCGAAAGAAUGGAUAAUGCGGAGUGACGUUGGUUGGAUUUUAUAGUAGUCUAUUGCAUCCGAAAUUUCCGCUGGGACUUAAAUAAUUGUAUGUCUGCGAAGUAUUAUUAUUAUCUAUAGUUAGUAAACGUUUUUCAGCUAGAAAAUGACGCGUUGUAGACCUGUCGUACGAGUUAAAAAUACGCAAUAAAUUGUAUUCUUAAUUGUGUAACGUAGUUGUCUUAUGUUUGACGACUAUGUAAUAGAAAUCUAGUUCCCUAAGGCACCGUAAGGCUUUGCCCAAUGAGCAUUUUAUUGAACGAUACAUUCUCUGAAAGGGCAAUUCUCUAACGUGCGGUAAUACACCCUAAUCGUGUUACAGCUGCUGUCGAUUUCCCACCGGAUGUAUUGGUUCAGGAUGUGAGUAAUCUUACAGGACAGAUUUAUGUUUUAUUCCACUAAGAGUCGCUUAUUAUCGAUAAAAUCAAAUAGCUUUUUUUUAUUCGCAUAGGCUGUCGGAUUUCUAAGUCCCUAGCCGAACGAGUCUUUUAAUUCAAGCCCCCCUAUAAGCAUACGUAUACUUAAGUACACGAUGAAAAAUAAAAACCAACAGUUAGAAUACGUUUCUUAACUAGAUUAUCCCGACCUCGUUCCAUACGGUAGCUUUAUAUUAUACUCUAAAUAACUGAAAUUGAAAAAAACCUGUCACAUUUGAUUUAUGUGAACACAAUUCAUAUGACAUACUGUAUUAUAGAAGACGUCUGAAGAGCGAAAGGUAUUAUAACCAAUAAAAGCUACAUAAGUUUCGAAUUGUAUGGUCUUAGAGUGUGUAUUUCAAGUUUCCAACAGAAGGGGGUUGCGUGUGAUCUUUUUUUUUGUGAACUUUGACAAUCAACAAUUCAAAUCCGCAGGAAUAUACAAUGUAUAUUUCAUUACCCGCUACCUAAAUUGAGUUCAAGUUGUCUCAUAUCAAGUCGGUGUCGUAUAAAACGUUUCAUAAUUAACAAUCCCAUUAACGAGGAUAAUCUUAUUAACACUAUAUAUCUAUCUGAGAACGCCAUUAUUUAGAUGAGAACCGAAUUCAGAGAUCCGAAUCGUCCCUUUGGUUCUCCUAGUUGACGCUCAUGUAUAUUGUUGAUGAGCUCGAGGGCAAAAUUGAUUUCUCAUACGCUCCUUAUUCAUCGUUUACGCUAGUGUUAAAAAGGGAAGCACUCUUCGGGCCAGCAUGAGGGGGACGACACAAUGGAAGUGACGCGUCACUGAAUCACGACGUGAUGCUCUGUCAUUAUUAAACAUGAUCCGUCCGUUAUAUGGCAAUGCGUUACUGGAUGACUGAUUUGACUGUGUGAAGGUCCGAAAGCUUAAUUAGUCUUCCAACUACCGUUGAAAAGUCAUCGUAAAAAUUCAAUAAAGCUCAAUAGUUCUGGUUCACUUCAUUAGCAGAAUUAAUGGCCCAUGCUGCAAGUCUUCCCAUAAAGAUAAAAUAGUGUGCUUCUGUUUGUUAUCAUCAGAAAAUUUGUGCGGUAAGAUAUAGCCGAAUCUGUGCAUUCCUGCGAUAAGAAUACGCGCGAGGGUCUAGUGAACGGCUAGUUUUCUGUCUUGGCUCUAAAAACUUUUGACCCGAUUGGUAAGGCGAUUAGAAAGGUGCAAGACAUCGGGCGUAAACACAAUUCGUUCCACGCUAGACGUCAACCGUCAGAAGCUACACCUGAAGGCAGCACCGGACGUAAAACUUAAACCACGUUUAUUGUAAAGCUUUGAAAAUUAAUAAUGUAUUUUGAUCGUAAAAUUUGAAAAAAAUAAGUUGUAGUAGAUGGCUCGAUGGAUUAAUCAACAAACGCCUCUCGAACUAUCUCUCUAAUAUUCAUAGAACUGAGCCAUA